AAAUGUAUAAACAAAUGAAAUACUCAUCUGUCACGUUGUUUAAAAAAAAAAAAAUGACUGCAUAUGUACGGUCUUGUCAACCGACAAGUUCGUCAUAGGAUCGCGAUAGAAUAAACACCGUGCACGUCAUAUGGUAAAAUCAUAUUAUUUGUUUACUUGCAUGUUUUGUGUGUGUGCCAUUUUUAUAAAAAAUAAAACAUAAAUACAAAAUUGCAGAUACUAAUUUAUGUACGUAAGCCUUGAGUUUAAUCUUAAUGUGUGUUAGAUCGCUAAAUAAACGUGAUACACAAAUUCCUGCUGAAGCGACCCAGAUUGAAUUAAUACUAACAUGCUAGGUGCUUUCCUCUGCCAAAAACAGACGAGAAGCAGAGCUCUACGUACACACACAAGAAGAGGCCAUUUCUACGUUACCUGUUCCUACACAGAUCUACAGCUUUGCAUGAAUGGUAGUGUCUAGAAAGGGUAUGUCCCUUCAGGAGAGAGGUGCCAAUGUCCAACCGGCCUAAUAACAAUCCAGGGGGGUCACUGCGACGUUCACAGAGGAACACUGCCGGGGCCCAGCCACAAGACGACGCAGUUGGAGGAAGGUUACACUCUGAGCAGACAAAACAUAAAGCAAAUUCCCCACCUGAGAAUAGAAGAUCAUUUUCUAAGACAUCAAAAGUGCAGUCCAACACAGCUUCUGGACAACCCAGAGGACACAGCUCUAAAAGAAGCAGCAUUUCAUUAUCAGCAUCAUUACAGCAGCAAGAGGACCCAGAUACAGCUAGUACUUCAGAGAGACACAAGACAGGACAGCCUAAGGCUGACAGCUCCCGAGGAGUUAAACGCAAUUCGAGUCCUGAAUUCAACAGCACAUACUCUUCCAGCCCAGCCAAGAAGCCCAAAGCACUUCAGUCCACUGAAAGCUCUUCUGAGGCAAAGAGAGUCCCAGCUAAAUCUAAGAAAAGACAGUUGGCACUAGACCAGCAGCCAAAACCUGAGCAGUCGGCAUCGACAAGUAAAGCCCCUAACAGAAAGAGUGGAGCUACGGGGGGCUCCCCAACUCAGAAAAGAAAAAAAAUAGAUAAUUCCUCUAAUUUAAAAAGUGGUGCUGGGUCUCAUUCAACCCGUGCUGAAGAGAGGUCUGCAAAACCCACCAAGCUGGCUUCAAAAUCAGCAACCUCAGCCAAAGCUGGGUGUAGCACUGUCACGGAUUCUUCCUCUUCAGCCUCUACAUCCUCUUCCUCUUCCACAGCCGUACCUCAGGGCGCCCGCGUCAAACAAGGGAAAGACCAGAACAAGGCAAGGCGUUCCCGCUCGGCCUCCAGCCCCAGCCCCCGUCGGAGCAGCCGCGAAAAGGAGCAGAACAAAACCGCUGGCUCUUCAAAGUUUGAGUGGCCCCGCUUUAGCCCUAAAGUCACCCUGCCAAAACCAAAACUGUCUCUACCAGGGUCUUCCAAGUCGGAGACUUCAAAACCUGGGCCUUCUGGACUUCAGGCCAAACUAGCAAGUGAGUUAGCAGGCUUGAGAAAGUCCACAAAGAAACGCAGCGAGUCCCCACCAGCAGAGCUCCCCAGUUUACGGAGGAGCACACGCCAAAAGACCACGGGCUCCUGUGCUAGUACCAGUCGGCGAGGCUCUGGCCUGGGCAAACGAGGUGCAGCUGAAGCUCGCCGACAGGAGAAAAUGGCAGAUUCUGACAACCAGGAUGGUGCCAACUCUUCAGCUGCACGCACAGAUGAGGCGCCCCAAGGAGCAUCAGCUUCUAGUUCAGUGGCUGGGGCUGUAGGAAUGACCACCUCAGGAGAGAGUGAGUCUGAUGACUCAGAAAUGGGUAGACUACAAGCUCUCUUAGAGGCUCGGGGCCUUCCUCCUCACCUUUUUGGUCCCCUUGGUCCUCGAAUGUCACAGCUUUUCCACAGGACGAUUGGAAGCGGGGCGAGCUCCAAGGCCCAGCAGCUCCUUCAGGGUCUCCAGGCCACUGGUGACGAGUCUCAACAACUUCAGGCUGUAAUUGAGAUGUGUCAAUUACUGGUCAUGGGAAAUGAGGAAACACUGGGGGGUUUUCCUGUUAAGAGUGUUGUACCAGCAUUGAUUACCCUGUUACAAAUGGAGCACAAUUUUGACAUUAUGAACCAUGCAUCAAGAGCUUUGACAUACAUGAUGGAAGCACUUCCCAGGUCAUCGGCUGUGGUGGUUGAUGCUAUUCCAGUCUUUCUGGAAAAGUUGCAGAUUAUCCAGUUUAUUGAUGUGGCAGAACAGGCCCUGACAGCUCUGGAAAUGCUGUCACGUAGACACAGCAAGGCAAUUCUACAGGCUGGAGGUUUGGCAGACUGUUUGCUGUAUCUGGAGUUUUUCAGCAUCAACGCUCAGAGAAAUGCCCUGGCUAUUGCUGCCAACUGCUGCCAGAGCAUCACCCCAGAUGAGUUCCACUUUGUUUCAGAUUCGCUGCCCUUACUCACCCAGAGGCUAACCCACCAGGACAAAAAAUCGGUUGAAAGUACUUGCCUCUGUUUUGCCCGGCUUGUGGACAAUUUUCAGCAUGAGGAGAACUUGCUGCAGCAGGUUGCAUCUAAGGAUUUGUUAACAAAUAUCCAGCAGCUCUUAGUUGUGACGCCUCCCAUCUUGAGCUCAGGCAUGUUUAUUAUGGUGGUUCGCAUGUUCUCUCUAAUGUGUUCCAACUGCCCCAGUCUGGCCGUACAACUCAUGCAACAGAAUAUAGCAGAAACACUUCGUUUCCUUCUGUGUGGAGCUUCAAAUGGCAGUUGCCAAGAACAGAUUGAUCUUGUACCACGCAGCCCCCAGGAACUCUAUGAGCUUACUUCUCUUAUCUGUGAGCUUAUGCCCUGCCUGCCCAGAGAGGGAAUCUUUGCAGUCGAUACAAUGCUUAAAAAGGGAAACACUCAGAACACAGAUGGCGCAAUCUGGCAGUGGCGAGAUGACAGAGGCCUGUGGCAUCCAUAUAACAGAAUUGACAGUCGGAUAAUUGAGACAGCUCAUCAGAAUGGUGAAGAUGAGAUUAGCUUAUCCACUCUUGGACGUGUUUAUACUAUUGAUUUUAAUUCUAUGCAGCAGAUCAAUGAGGAUACAGGGACGGCUCGAGCAAUUCAGAGAAAACCCAACCCUUUAGCCAACCCCAACACCAGUGGUCAUUUGGAAGUGAAGAAGGAAGAUGCCAGGGCACAGCUAAUGAAGGAAGACCCCGAACUGGCAAAAUGCUUUAUAAAAACUUUGUUUGGUGUGCUGUAUGAAGUGUACAGUUCUUCAGCUGGACCUGCAGUCAGACACAAGUGCCUUAGAGCAAUUCUUAGGAUUAUUUAUUUUGCUGAUGCUGAACUUCUAAAAGAUGUGCUUAAAAAUCAUGCUGUAUCUAGUCACAUUGCUUCCAUGCUGUCCAGUCAGGAUCUGAAGAUUGUAGUUGGAGCUCUACAAAUGGCAGAGAUUUUAAUGCAGAAGUUACCCGACGUAUUUGGUGUUUAUUUCCGAAGAGAAGGUGUGAUGCACCAGGUGAAAAAUCUGGCUGAAUCGGAGACUGUCCUUACUAGCCCUCCCAAGGCUUGCACUAGUGGGACUGGAAGUAUAUGUACAACUACAAUUAGUACAGCAACUACCACUGCUGCAGCAAAUGCAACCCCAGACCUAGGCUCUCCCAGCUUCCAGCACAGCAUGGAUGAUUCUCUGGAUCUGAGUCCCCAGGGCCGAUUAAGUGAUGUCCUAAAGAGAAAACGGCUGCCAAAGCGUGGCCCAAGAAGGCCAAAGUAUUCUCCUCCAAGAGACGAUGACAAAGUUGACCAUCAAGCUAAGAGUCCUACUACCACACAGUCUCCCAAAUCUUCCUUCUUGGCAAGUUUGAACCCUAAAACCUGGGGAAAAUUAAGCACUCAAACAAACAGCACUAAUUCUGAACUGCCACGCACAGCUGGAGUCAGUGGUCUGGCACGGGUUCCUCCAAAAGACUCUGUAUCCAAUAACAGGGAUAAGAUUAGGGCUUGGAUAAAAGAGCAGGCCUGUAAGUUUGUGGAACGCCACUUCAGCUCUGAGAAUGUGGAUACAAGCAAUCCUGCACUGAAUGUACUACAGAGACUUUGCACUGCUACUGAACAACUCAGUCUACAGGUGGAUGGUGGAACGGAGUGCCUUGUAGAAAUCAGGAGUAUAGUCUCAGAGUCAGAUGUGUCCUCAUUUGAAAUCCAGCACAGUGGAUUUGUAAAACAACUGCUGCUUUAUUUGACCUCCAAAAGUGACAAAGACACUGUGAACCGUGAUGUUAGAUUAAAGAGAUUCCUGCAUGUGUUCUUUGGUUGUCCGCCCCCAGGACUAGAACCUCUUGGACGAUUAGAACCUUUAGAAAAUGGACCACUAAUGGCUCUUGUGCAUAAAAUGAACAACUGUCUUAGCCAGAUGGAACAGUUCCCUGUUAAAGUGCAUGACUUCCCCAGUGGGAAUGGAACAGGAAGCAGAGGAUCCCAGGCCUUGAAAUUCUUCAACACACAUCAGCUAAAAUGCCAGCUUCAGAGACAUCCAGACUGUAGUACCGUAAAACAGUGGAAGGGUGGCCCAGUGAAAAUAGAUCCGUUGGCUUUGGUACAGGCUAUUGAAAGAUACCUUGUUGUCAGAGGGUAUGGAAGAAUUCGAGAGGAAGAUGAAGACAGUGAUGAUGAUGGGUCAGAUGACGAAAUUGACGAAUCUCUGGCUGCACAGUUUUUGAAUUCAGGAAACGUGAGGCACAGGCUACAAUUUUACAUUGGAGACCAUUUACUACCAUACAACAUGACGGUUUACCAGGCAGUUAGACAGUUUAGUAUACAGGCUGAAGAGGAGCGUGAGUCCACAGACGAUGAAAGCAACCCCUUAGGAAGGGCUGGAAUCUGGACAAAGACCCAUACAAUAUGGUACAAGCCAGUGAGAGAUGAUGAAGAUAGCAAUAAGGAUGUGGUUGGUGGAAAGAGAGGACGUGCGCAAACCGCACCAACUAAAACCUCCCCUCGAAAUGCAAAAAAGCAUGAUGAACUGUGGCAUGAUGGGGUGUGUCCUACAGUGGCAAACCCAUUAGAAAAUUACCUAAUUUCAGUCCCACCUGAAAACAUAACAUUUGAGGACCCUUCUCUUGAUGUGAUACUACUUCUAAGAGUUCUUCAGUCAGUAAGCAGAUACUGGUUUUAUCUAUAUGAUAAUGCCACCUGCAAAGAGAUUAUUCCUACCAGUGAGUUUAUCAACAGCAAACUUACUGCAAAAGCUAACCGGCAACUUCAAGAUCCCUUGGUUAUCAUGACUGGUAACAUCCCACCAUGGUUAACAGAGCUUGGAAAAACCUGCCCAUUUUUCUUCCCUUUUGAUACCCGACAAAUGCUGUUUUAUGUGACAGCCUUUGAUCGAGAUCGGGCCAUGCAGCGGUUACUGGACACAAAUCCAGAAAUUAAUCAGUCUGAUUCCCAAGACAGCAGAGUUGCACCGCGAUUAGACAGGAAGAAGCGCACUAUAAACCGUGAAGAGUUAUUGAAACAAGCUGAAUCAGUAAUGCAAGAUCUUGGCAGCUCAAGAGCAAUGUUGGAAAUACAGUACGAAAAUGAAGUUGGAACUGGCCUGGGACCCACAUUGGAGUUUUAUGCACUUGUAUCUCAGGAACUGCAGAGAUCUGACCUUGGCUUAUGGAGGGGAGAGGAAGUUGCCUUGUCAAACCCAAAAGGAAGCCAGGAAGGGACCAAGUACGUCUUCAAUUCACGGGGUCUGUUUGCUGUUCCUUUUGGAAGGACGACUAAACCGGCUCAUAUAGCCAAGAUUAAGAUGAAGUUCCGUUUUCUGGGAAAAUUAAUGGCCAAGGCCAUCAUGGAUUUCAGAUUGUUGGACCUUCCUCUUGGGCUGCCAUUUUACAAGUGGAUGCUGCGUCAUGAGUCCUCAGUCAGCUCCCAUGACCUGAUUAACAUUGAUCCUGGCGUAGCCAAAUCAAUUCAUCACCUUGAGGACAUCAUCAGGCAGAAAAAGAAACUGGAACAGGAUAGGACGCAGUCAAGGGAAUCUCUGCAGCAGUCUUUGGAAAGUCUGAACAUGAACGGUUGCUCCGUGGAAGACUUGGGUCUUGACUUCACUUUGCCAGGUUUUCCUAACAUUGAGUUGAAGAAAGGAGGCAAGGAUGUUCCAGUAAACAUCCACAAUCUGGAAGAGUAUCUAAGGUUGGUUGUGUUCUGGACCUUGAAUGAAGGUGUUUCCAGGCAGUUUGAGUCAUUCAGGGAAGGAUUCGAGUCAGUCUUCCCUCUGCAGCACCUGCAGUAUUUCUAUCCUGAAGAGCUGGAUCAAUUGCUUUGCGGUAGCAAGUCGGAGACCUGGGAUGUUAAAACAUUAAUGGAGUGCUGUAGACCAGACCAUGGGUAUACACAUGACAGUCGUGCCGUCAAGUUCCUGUUUGAAAUACUCAGCAGUUUUGAUGCAGAGCACCAAAGGCUGUUUCUACAGUUUGUUACUGGUAGUCCAAGACUACCUGUGGGAGGCUUCAGAAGUUUGAACCCCCCUCUGACAAUUGUCCGCAAGACAUUUGAGUCUACGGAGAAUCCUGAUGAUUUUCUGCCCUCCGUAAUGACCUGUGUCAACUAUCUCAAGUUACCAGACUACUCUAGUAUUGAUAUAAUGCGUCAAAAACUGUUGAUAGCUGCUAGAGAGGGGCAGCAGUCAUUCCAUCUCUCCUGAUUGCAACAUUUAAAUGCCUUUUACAGUAAAAGAGAGAAAAAUAAAUCAUGUUUUGUUUUUUGUUUUUUAUCACCUACAUUGAGGCAAUGUGUGUACAGCUGCCUUGCUGCAGAAAGCACCUGCAGAAAUUAAAGACUUGAUAUACAUGUUUGCUGCCCCUUCUCCUUCCACAAAUUCAAAGACAUUACAUGCCCCACAGAUUUCACAGAAGACUAACGAUAUAUCUUUAGUUGAAGAGUUUAAAAAAUAAUAAAAUAAAAAAAAAGUAAUUUGAUGGGUGACCUUUUAAGCUUGCAUUGCUGUGUGAUAUUUAAAAAGGGAUUUUUUUUUUUUUUUCAGGAUGGUAGAACAAUAAAUGUCCCUGUGCAGUUUAAUUUUGGGGUGUGUAUUUCCAUCUAGCAAAGUCUAUAGUUUUGUUCCAAAGAUUGUUUUUGUUUUGUACAGCCAUAAAGUUUGCAAACUUGCUCAUACAUCAGAUGCGUUUUUAUUUAGCUUCACGUAUGUUCACUCGUCAUUUACCCCAGUUUUUAGUUUGUUCAUUUACAUUGUAUAAUAUACCACCAGUUUGUGUGUUGUGUUUGGGUUCUUCUUUUUUAUGUAUUUCUUAAUCUUGCAAACAAAGUUGUUACAGGUGGUUGAAUGCGGGUAAAAAUCAAAACCCUAGUUUUCCCCCUAAAUUAAAAAUUGUGAAAGUCUCCAUUUUAAAGCAUUUCAUCACAUUGUUACAAAUAUAAUCAAAACUCUUUAAUUACAUAGUAUGUUGCUUAUAGUUUCUUAGUGUAGUGCUUUUUGCUGAAUCUCUGAAAGACACACUAGUUACUGUGUACCGGAUUAUUUCUGGCAAGAAAAGAAAAUCGUAAAAUCGAAAAGCGGAGAGUGCUCCAUUUAUAUUUUUUAGUUAAGCAAAAUUGAGCUGGUCAAUCAUUUUAUUGUUUUAUGGCCAGAUAGCAUUUCAAGUUAAUGUAAGGAAAAAAGUUAAUAUGCAGUUCUUUGCUCUGUUGGCAGUGAGAUGGCUGGUAUAUGUAUGUGUGUGUAUAUAUAUA